UCGUGCGAGUCCGCUGAAAACAACCAAGGGGGCCACCGUCAGAAGGAACACCAACUCCUCGUCAUCAACAAGUCAUCAACAACAACCGAGGCCUUCCACGGGUCCCCCGACGACCAGUACUCGAGAGGAAGACGACAAACUCCUCGAUCUUCAUCAAUCUCCACGACCGGUCACGAAAACUCGUCUACACCAACUACGAUGGACUUAUUCAACCUCCCGGAAGAAGUUGCCAUCGACCCCGCGCUAUUCGACCAGGAUUUUGUUUUAGACUUCCCACUCCCUACACCUUACCACCUUCCCCCCUCUCCCCCUACCACGAUCGACUCUCUAUCACCUUCAUACUCCCCGGAGCCUUAUCCGGCCCCUUCCCCCGCGAACUCUCCCCCUCCAUCACCGACGAACUCCACGUUAAGCGUGGAGUUCUUAGGUGAACUUCCGUCCCUGGAAUUCCUAGAAGAGUUCGAGUUCCCCGGAGAUCUCGUACGUGAGGAUUCCACGCCUGACGUGGAAUUCCUCCGUCAAGUCUCCCAUUCCCCUACCUUCUCCACGUCCGACGUGGAAUUCCUCCGCCAAGUCUCCCAUUCCCCUACUUUCUCCACGUCCAGCGUGGAAUUCUUACAAGAAAUUCUCCCUUCCCGGCCUCCUAGCGCCUACACCUCUCCUGUGGAGUUCCUUGGAGAACUCCUACCCCUCUCACCCUUAAACAACGCUUUCCCAGAUCUCCCUCCAUUAUCACCCACCGCCUCCACGCCCAGCGUGCAAGAACUAAUAGACAUAGUGACUUUGUAG